CUAGUGUGACAUCAUCUGCUGGAAUGACUUCAUCUGUUGCUGUAACAUCAUAUCCUGGUGUGACAUCAUCUCCUAGUGUGACAUCAUCUACUGGUAUGACAUCAUCUAUUAACAAAACGGGACCAUUAGAGAAGGUAGCCCAAACAAAAAGCAAGAAAAGUAUUCCAAGAAUGCUCUUCAACUCGCCAAGAGCUAAGACUAGAAAACUUCCCAUUGAACCUCAAAGCCAUAUAGAUACCAACCCUAACACACCAGCUCACAAAAACGGCUCACCAAAUCCAAAAGCUCAAAAAUUUACUUCUCCAAAUCAAACCAUAACAGCUCGUCCCAAACCUAUGAAUAAAACUGAUCCAUUUAUUAAAGACGCCAUUUCUGACCCUGACUCGGAAGAGAGUUACCAGAGUAGUGAGCAGGUACAGCAAGACACUAAUGAAGUUUACCUGGAGAUCCUAGCUGAAAAGAUGCAAAAGCUGACCCCUCCAGAGAUGCUAAAUAAGCCAAUUGGAAACUAUAAGAGCCCUUCUCCUGAAGACAGUGGUGGUGUUAGGUUCAAAAGUCCACAUCCUGUAGGGCUACGUAAGGAUCAUAGAAUCAGCACGCCAAAGAAAAUAAGUUCACCUAUACUAAAUAUCAGUAUGAUAUCUGCUAUUGAGAAAUGUACAAAAGUUUCAAACAAACAACUCAGUGAUAUUGAGUACAACGGAAGGGCCAUUGACAAACACCCCAAAGGCAUCAGUUAUCACCCCAAAGCCAUUGAUAAUCACCCCAAAGCUAAUGAUCAUAACCCCAAACCCAUAAAAACAAAUCCACACCAUUAUGACCUUAGACUUAUUAAUUCCAUCGAUGACCAAUGUGCUGAACCUGACGCAAAUGAAGAGCAAGAGAUGUUGUCUGAAGAUGGUAGUGGUACAGAAGUUUAUGGUGACUCAAAUGAAGCUCCCUCUGCCCAGAAAUUGGUGACAUCUAAAUUGUAUUGUGUAAGCGAUGACAGUACGCUUGGCAGUGCUAAGGAGAAAGUCAGGAAGAUUGUAGAAUGUAUUAAGAAUCCGGAUGAGUUAAGACAUACUGACAAAAAACAGCCUAGUUACAAAAAUAGUAGCAAUCAAGACCCUAACAACAAACAGCCUGGAAGCAAACAGUAUUUGUUCAAAUAUCCAGACAACAAACACCAUGGUAACC